AUGAACGCGUUUUUGGUCAUUUUCUGGACUCUCUUCGUUGCUGUGAACUCACAACUGGACGAUGACUUAUCAAUGGACGCUCUGAGUAAGUCAAAAUCACACUAUGUACGCAAAUUGUUGUUUCAAUUUUUGUAUAAGUCAAUAUUUCAUUAUUCUUUUGGCAACUUAAUAUUUUUAGUUCUCCAAGGAAAUGAAUAUCCCAGCACCAUACGCCCAACAAUACCUGCAAUUUACACCUAUAAUCCCGACCCUAAUCAUCGCACUCCUCCCCCAAUUAUUGAGAUUCCAUUUUACCCAGUAAACCGACGUCCUCACCGCUACCAUCCCUACCGGCCUCAGCGUUAUAACCCGGCUCUCCUUGGCCCUGUUGCCCCUGCUCCGAUUCCUCGUCCUCCUUCUCCGCCUUUGCUUCUACCUCCGCCGCCACGUGAACAUCAAUGGAAUGGACCUUAUAGAGGACGGAGAAGAAGUAUCUAG